ACAACUCGCUUAAAUUAAAAUUUCACCAAAAGUUAUAAUCUAAUAUCUCGGGAAACUGUACCCCAUGUUCGUCCUCACUAUCAGCUCCUAGUACGGUUUUGUUAAGUAGUUUCCAAUAACCACCUUAUUCGAUGCUCAGAUUUUCGCUUAAAAACUUUGAAUCUUCACAAAAUAAAUUCCCUAAUUUCUUUAUUUCAGUUAGCAUAUAAUCAUCUCAGCCCACUUCUUACUUACCUCUUCAAUUUUUUUCCUAUAUAUUUGAAGCGUAUGACGUGAAUUGCAGAUUGCAUUAAUACUCUUCAUAAUUUGCCAAAAAAGUUCUGUUAAUUUAGUUUUGGGUUAAUUUGUAUUGUGACUUUGGAUUCAUCGUUUCUAUUGUUUGUUGGAGAAAAUUUAUCAAGAUUCAGCCCAAAUAUCUCGUCAUCAGAGGAGAAGCUGUGGUAUUUGAAGUGCAAAGAAGUGGAAAAUCAGAAGCUAAAAAGGUGGAGAAACGGCUUCAAGAAUUGGAGCAUUCAUCCUUUUGGAUUCUUUUCGUCACUGCUUGCUUAGUUUAGCAGACUCUUGAAGACAGCUAUACUAAGGUAUUACUCACAUCUUAUAUGCUACUAUUUCAAGUUAUGACAGUUUAGUUUUGAGAUAAGCUUUAAGAUUGUUGUAUGCUAUACCAAGUAAGCAUGUAAUUUUUUUUGUAUGGUUUGUAAUGACUUUGAAAAAGCAACUUAGUGACUUAUAACUAUUUGGUAUCUCCAGUAGUUCAUCCUCUUUGAUUACUUUGAUUUAAUUAUAUAAUUGUGGGUGAUUUUUUAAUUUUUUUUUUUAUUAUUAUAUAGUGAGGUUUAAAUAGUAUGCAAUGAAAAUUGCAUCAAUAGGUCAUAUUUCAUAUAGUAAAUCCUAUACCUAUAAAUUUUAUUCCUGUUGCAUGGCUAUAAUGAUUGUCCUUUCCUCAGUUUUAUGAUAAGAAUAUAUGAACUAAAAGUAUGCUACCACAAUCUGCUUUGUUGUGUAUUUUAGUUUGUGAAGAAAUUGAUAUUUGUUCUGAUAAGUAAGCUUUAAAAAUUUCUAUUUAUUUGGUCAAAAUUAUAGUUCCCUUAUUAAAGUAUUAAUUAUGUAUAGAUAUGGAUACAAGUUGGAUAGAACUUCCACGAUGCCACACUCAAUAUGUCAAAGGUUGUAUGCAAUUCAUUAACUUUGCUAAGGUAGCUCAGGUAGAAGGAAAGAUUCGGUGUCCAUGUAAGACAUGUAAAGUGGAUAAAUGGCUUUGUGUAAAUGAUAAAGAAAGACAGAUCUUAUUUUAUGGGUUUUAUAAAUCAUACAAGAAAUGGAUUUUUCAUGGUUAAGGGGAUUUGCUUCAGCGUAUGAUUGGGUGUGAUGGAGGGCGUACUAGUCAAGGAUCCCCUCUGGAUCAAACAAGGUUUGAAGUUCGAGAUGAUAUAGGAGGCCUAUUAAUAUCUUCUUUUAGUUUUGAAAAACCCUCAAAUGACCUAACCUUUGAACCACAUGAAAAUAAUGAAAAUGACGAGUAUCUUGAAGACCCUGUCUUUUAUGAAGAGGAGAUUGACUUAGAAUUUUCAACAACGCAAGAUGAAGCUAAGUAUAAGAAAUUACUUGCUGUUUUCGAUGAGAAAUUGUAUGACGGGUGUACUAAAUUUUCCAAACUAUCUUUUCUUUUACACCUUUUUCACAUAAAAUGUAUGAUCCAUUGGUCUGCUGAAUCCUUUAAUAUGCUACUCGAGCUUCUCAUAGACGCAUUUCCCCAAAUACUUGAGUUCCCCUCAUCUUAUUAUCAAAGUAAGAGAAUAAUAAACGACCUUGUCCUUGGGUAUGAGAAGAUUGAUGCUUGUCCAAAUAACUGUAUGUUGUAUUGGGGUGAUUUUUCAAAGAAAGAAAAGUGUCAUGUUUGUGGUACAUCAAGAUGGAAGAAAAAUGAGGGUAGAAAUGAUAAUUUCAGAGAUCAAGAUAAGACUAUUUCUACGAGUGGUGAGCCAGCUAAGGUAAUGCGUUACUUUCCUCUUAUCCCUAGAUUGAAGAGAAUUUACAUGCCCUCAAAAACAACAGAAGAUAUGAGAUGGCAUUAUACUCAUAAUGAUAAAUUGAAUGAUGUUGAUAAGAAGAUGUUAAGGCACCCUUCAGAUGCAUUAGCUUGGAAAUCAUUUGAUCACUGUUAUGAGGAUUUUGCCUUAGAUCCUCGUAGUGUUCGAUUAGGACUUGCAAGUGAUGGGUUUAAUCCAUAUCGUUUUAUGAACAUGACUUAUAGUACAUGGCCUUGAAGGAGUUAUGUCUUCGUCGUGUGCAAUUACUAGAUACAUAAUUGGA